AUGACUGCAUGGAAUGGAUUUACUGAUCAGAUUGGAGGGUCUCUUGUUUGUCUAGUAGAGUGUUACCUUCGGCUGAAUAAUGCUCAAAAAAUUAUUGAGUUGGCUGCUCGUAUUUGGGCUAUUUGGACUGCACGCAAUGACGCCUUAUGGAAUGCAAAGGUCUGGAAUGAUGUUUCUUUGAAGAAUUUUAUUGUUAAUUGUGUUAGUACAUGGCUGGAGUCAUAUCUCUCAACUAAUUUGUCAUUGCACGGGACUCCCAUCCAUGAAGUUGCUGUAUGGUCACCUCCACCUCUUGGUAUGGUAAAAUGUAACAUUGAUGCUUCUUUAUUGCAUGAUAAUGUGGGUUUUGGUGCAGUCAUACGUGAUCACUUUGGUCAUUUUGUGGCUGCCUUCAGUGGUCUUCUACCUUGUGCGAAAGAUCCUUAUCUUGCGGAGACAAUGGCGGUAAAGGAAGCACUUACAUGGAUAAAGAAUCGGGGUUAUAACAACAUUAUUGUGGAAUCUGAUUGCCAAAGCUUUUGUUUAAAUUUUAAUUCUGCUUGUAAUGACUUUUAUUACGUCGGUUUACUUAUUAAGCAAUGUCGGUAUAUUGCUAGUGGCAUUGGGAACAUUUCUGUUCGCCAUGUCAAUAGGUCAGCGAAUCAUGUAGCUCAUGUCCUUGCACGGGCGACUGGUUCUUCUUCUGUCCUUGGUGUGUGGGAUUUUGCCCCUCCUGAUUGUAUUUCGUCUUUUUUCAGGGAUUUAAUAUAA